AUGUCGAUGCCUAAACGCAUCUACCUCGUCUCCAAGUCAGUACUACUCGACUCUUCUCUCCGCUCUCACCCUCGCAUGGACUCUCCCAAAGCUUGUCCCACCUCACUACCUAACCACGUUCAUUCUCACCUCAAUAGAACCUUGGACCCACUCCUGGGCAUCUUCUCCGGCAUUUGGGCCUACUACGUUUACGAAAGUCGACUUGAGCGACCGAGUGAACACUCGUUGCCGUCCUUACUGCGAUGGAAGAUGGGCGAGAUCAAACAGCGGAGGAACGCGGCCGCUGGAGCUGGGGACCUUGAUGAACAAGGGUGGAAGGAAUUAGAUGAAGAGGUGCGGAGACUACAGGCGACUCAGUCGGGGACAGAGAAGCGGUAG